CUACUGUGCAUUUAAGGAAUUAAUAACCUUAAUAGGAAUUUAAUAGUUUACAUUCACGUAUAUUCAGAAAAAAUGGCUGAUUCUGAGGAAGAAAAUGAUAAAGACAUAAUGUCUGGAAUCAAUAUGACUGGCUUUUUAUUUGGAAACAUUGAUGAUAAUGGCCAGUUAGAAGAUGACAUUCUUGAUCCAGAAGCUAAGCAACAUUUAGCUUCUUUGAAUCGCCUUGGAUUAAGUUCAUUUAUUCGUGAAAUGAUGUCUAAUGAAAAUACAGCUGAUGGACAAAAUGAAGCCAAUGAUAAAUCUAUAGAAGAUAACGAAGCGGCUGAUGAAAAGGAUAUAAACUACAUUGAAAAAUCACCUACUGCACUUGAUUUCUCUGAUAUAAAUGAAUUAGCCGAUGAUGAAAAAGAAGAAAGUAGUAAGCAAGAUACGUUUGGUGAAAAAGCUGAAAAAGAGAAUGCUGAUUAUGAUGCAGAUGAUGAAGAAGUUAUUAACAAGUCUGACACCCAAUUAAUGCCUCCACCUCCAAUACCUGAAGAAAAGGAAGCACUUACCGCAGAGGAAGCUGAAGCUGCACGUCAGCGUAAAUUAGAAACUCCUCUUGCCUCUAUGUUACCAUCUAAAUAUGCCAAUGUGGAUGUCACUGAAUUAUUUCCUGAUUUUCGUGCUAAUAAAGUACUAAGGUUUUCAAGAUUAUUUGGUCCAGGAAAGCCUAGUAGUCUCCCGCAAAUAUGGAGAGGUGUUAAAAAGCGGCGUAAAAAGAAACGUCAUCAUGACAUUAGAGAUUCUGAUUCUGGCUCAGACCAAGAUGAAAAGAAACCAAAAUUUAAAGGUUGGAUAAUGCAGUAUGGGUCGGAUCCAACUCCAGAUAUUUGUUGUUCUGAUGAUGAAACUAAGCUACUGAUGCCAGUAGAAGAUAAGCAACAAAUAGGUAAAACAGGUGAAACUGGAGAAAAUGGGGAUAUGGGACCAAAAGUAGCAGAUUGGCGUUUUGGACCUGCACAACUUUGGUAUGAUAUGCUGCAAGUUCCAGAAACUGGAGAUGGUUUCAAUUACGGAUUCAAACUCGUAGACAAGCCAGAAGAUUCCAACAGUAAAGAUACUAAGGAUAAUAAAGAUAUUAAAGACACUAAAGAUAUUAUAGAUAUUACGGAUAAUAAAGAUUUUAAAGAAAAUAAAGAUGCUAGAGAAAAUAGCGAAGAAUUUUCGGAUGAUGCAUUUUUAAUGGUAUCGCAAUUACAUUGGGAAGAUGAUGUCAUAUGGAAUGGUGAUGAUAUAAAGCAUAAAGUGUUACAAAAGCUGAAUAGUAAAAAUAAUGCAGCUGGAUGGGUACCAUCCAGUGGAAACAGAACUGCUCAAGCAUUUAGUCAGCCAGGUAAAGGAGCACCUGUGCCAGUUGCAUCAAACGUUCGAUUAGCUACAUCACAAAUUACUACUCCAUUACAUAUGCAAUCGCAAAAGAACAAAAUGAACAUGAAUAAAGGAAAUCAGCAACAAACACGGGAAGAAAAUUAUGACGAUACAUGGUAUUCUAUUUUUCCUGUUGAAAAUGAAGAACUAGUAUAUGGACUGUGGGAGGAAGAAGUAAUUUGGGAUCCUGAAAAUAUGAGAAAAAUUCCAAAACCUAAAAUUCUUACUUUAGAUCCAAAUGAUGAAAAUAUUGUUCUUGGGAUUCCUGAUGAUAUUGACCCAGCUUUACAUCACAAGGAUAACGGACCUCAACCAAAAGUAAAAAUACCCCAUCCACAUGUUAAAAAAAGUAAAUUACUAUUAGGAAAAGCUGGAGUAAUUAAUGUUCUGGAAGAAGAUACUCCACCACCACCACCAAAAUCACCAGACAGAGAUCCAUUUAAUAUUUCAAACGAUACAUAUUAUAUGCCACGAUCGUCAGAAACCACAUUGCGUUUGAAAGUUGGAGGUGGAAAUUUGAUACAACAUAGUACGCCAGUAGUGGAACUACGCGUCCCAUUUGUUCAAACUCAUAUGGGACCAAUGCGGCUUAGAAACUUCCACAGACCACCAUUAAGAAGAUUCAGUCACGGUCCACUUGCUCAUCCUGGACCGCAUUCCGUUUUACCAUUAAUAAAGCAUAUCAAAAAGAAAGCUAAACAAAGAGAACAAGAAAGAAUUGCAUCUGGUGGAGGUGAUGUCUUCUUUAUGAGAACUGCUGAAGAUUUAACUGGCAAGGACGGUGAAUUAGUACUUGUUGAAUUUUCUGAAGAACAUCCUCCUUUGAUGAAUCAAGUAGGAAUGUGCUCCAAAGUGAAAAAUUAUUACAAAAGAAAGGCAGGUAAAGAUCAAGGGCCACAAAAGUAUAAAUAUGGUGAAACUGCUUAUGCACAUACAAGUCCGUUUCUUGGAAUUCUUACACCUGGUCAGAGUAUACAAGCAGUUGAAAAUAAUAUGUACAGAGCACCAAUAUAUGAACACAAAAUUCCGGAGACAGAUUUCUUAAUCAUCAGGACAAGACAGCAGUAUUAUAUUAGAGAAGUGGAUGCUAUAUUUGUUGCUGGACAAGAGUGUCCGCUAUAUGAAGUACCGGGGCCAAAUUCAAAGAGAGCCAAUAAUUUUGUGAGAGAUUUCUUGCAAGUAUUUAUAUACAGAUUAUUUUGGAAAUCUAAAGACACACCUCGACGUAUUAGAAUGGAUGAUAUUAAAAAAGCGUUCCCUUCGCAUAGUGAAAGUAGUAUUAGAAAACGUUUGAAAUUAUGCGCCGAUUUCAAACGAACAGGUAUGGAUUCUAAUUGGUGGGUUAUAAAGCCGGAUUUUAGAUUACCAACAGAAGAAGAAAUUAGAGCAAUGGUAUCUCCGGAACAAUGCUGCGCUUACUUUAGUAUGAUCGCAGCUGAACAAAGAUUGAAAGAUGCUGGUUAUGGUGAAAAGUUCCUGUUUACUCCUCAAGAUGAUGAUGACGAAGAAAUGCAAUUAAAAAUGGACGAUGAAGUUAAGGUUGCACCUUGGAACACUACACGAGCAUAUAUUCAAGCUAUGAAAGGCAAGUGCUUGUUACAACUGGCAGGGCCAGCAGAUCCCACAGGUUGUGGGGAAGGAUUUUCCUAUGUUAGAGUACCAAAUAAACCAACAAUUAGCAAGGAGGAGCAAGAAGCUCAACCAAAGAGGACAGUAACUGGUACUGAUGCUGAUUUAAGAAGGCUUUCGUUAAAUAAUGCAAAAGCGUUACUUCGCAAAUUUGGUGUUCCUGAAGAAGAAAUUAAGAAGUUAUCACGUUGGGAAGUAAUUGACGUAGUUAGAACAUUGUCCACAGAAAAAGCUAAAGCUGGAGAAGAGGGUAUGACAAAGUUUUCGCGAGGAAAUCGAUUUUCCAUUGCUGAGCAUCAAGAAAGAUACAAAGAAGAAUGUCAAAGAAUUUUCGAUUUACAAAAUCGUGUAUUAUCUUCCAACGAAGUUUUGAGUACAGACGAGGGUGAAAGUUCAGAAGAAGAUAGCUCCGACAUAGAGGAAAUGGGUAAAAAUAUAGAAAAUAUGCUUUCUAAUAAGAAAACCAGUACUCAGUUAUCCCUUGAGCGAGAGGAACAACAACGACACGAAUUACGAAAGAUGUUAAUGGGCGAAGUGCAAGAACAGGAUAAAAAGAGUAAGGAGAAAAAGAAAGACGACGAAGAAGAUAGUCCAGUAAAUAAUUUUAACGCGCAACAGGGUAGAAUUCUUAAGAUUUAUCGAACAUUUAGAAAUCCAGAGGGCAAAGAAUUUACAAGAGUAGAAUUAGUGAGAAAACCAGCAGUUAUAGACACUUACAUAAAAAUUAGGAAUUCGAAAGAUGAAACGUUUAUUAAACAAUUUGCAACAUUGGAUGAGGCGCAGAAAGAAGAAAUGAAACGAGAAAAACGAAGAAUCCAAGAACAGUUACGAAGAAUCAAACGAAAUCAAGAACGCGAACGCAUGCUUGGCGGUCCAAUGACAGGAAAUAACACGUCAUCAAAUAAUAUAUUUGAUCGUAGUAACACCAAUACCCCAAUUACUACAACCUCAAACAGUAUCCUUCCUUUCUGUAAUUUCCAAUCUACUUCUCCCGCUUCCAAACAUCCUAAACCUGAAACCUCUCCUUCCAAACGAAAGAAACCUAAACUUAAACCAGAUCUUAAAUUAAAAUGUGGUGCUUGCGGUAACGUAGGUCAUAUGCGUACGAAUAAAGCUUGUCCUUUGUAUCAAAAUAGUAUAACAACAGCACCGGUAAAUGUAGCAAUGACAGAAGAACAAGAGGAGGAAAUUGAAAAGCAGCUUAAUACAGAUGAUCAAGACCUCGUUAAUGUAGAUGGUACUAAAGUAAAAUUAUCUUCCAAAUUAAUUAAGCACGCCGAAGAAAUGAAAAGGCGCACCUUACUUCUGAAAGUGCCUAAAGAGGCAGUAAAUUCGAAGAAACGAAGAAGAGCUACUGGAGAUGAUCACUGCGAUUAUCUUAAACGACAACAGAGACCUGCUAAUAGACGUCGAACUGAUCCUGUUGUUGUAAUGUCUACGAUGUUAGAAAGUAUACUUAAUGAAAUGCGAGAUCUGCCCGACGUUCAGCCUUUCUUGUUUCCUGUUAAUGCUAAAGCCGUUCCUGAUUAUUACAAAAUUAUCCAGCGACCCAUGGAUUUACAAACUAUACGCGAAAAUCUGAGAUUAAAAAAAUACCAAAGUCGAGAAGAAUUUUUGGCCGAUGUAAAUCAAAUUGUAGAAAAUUCAACAUUAUACAAUGGAUUAAAGAGUUCAUUAACGGUGGCAGCUAAGCGCAUGUUAGAGACGUGCGUGGAAAGACUCGGUGAAAAAGAGGACCGUUUGAUGAGAUUAGAGAAAGCGAUUAAUCCUCUUUUGGACGAUAAUGAUCAAGUUGCUCUUACUUUCAUCUUAGACAAUGUCGUUAAUAAUAAAUUAAAAUCUAUGACAGAAGCUUGGCCAUUCUUAAAACCAGUGAAUAAGAAGCUAGUGAAAGACUAUUAUAAUGUUAUUAAAAGACCUAUGGAUUUGGAGACCAUAUCUAAAAAAGUCUCUGCUCAUAGAUAUCACAAUCGACAUGAGUUUCUUAGAGAUAUUGAACAAAUUUUGGAAAAUUGUACAAUAUAUAAUGGAAAGGAAUCUCCGUUUACACAGAAAGCAGAAUUACUUGUAAAAGUUUGUAAAGAAACGCUAGAUGAGUAUGAUGAACACCUAACACAAUUAGAAAAUAAUAUACUAUUGGUACAAAAACGGGCGAUGGAACAAGCGGAUAUCGAUCCUUCGUGGCUUGGGCCGGACGAAGAAAACUAUACUAUAGUAGAGCCUGAAUUUAGAGGGAGUCAAACCAGUUCACCAGAGAAUCCAUUUGGGAAAUCAAAUAUGGAUGAUUUUGAUUUUGUGGAUGUAGAGGGAGAUACGGAAGGUGAUGGCAGUAGAAGUGCAAAUUCAAAGAAAAAAGAUGUACUCGAAGAAGAUUUACAAUUCUCUAGCGAAGACGAAUUUGAUGAGGUGCCGUUUGGUACGUAUGAACAGUCUGAAAAUGCUGAGAUGGAAACGCUUGAACUGAACGAAGUUAGGGAAGGUGGAGUGGUGCUUGCGGACGAUGAUAGUCAACAGGCAGCAGAAGCAAUGGUUCAAUUGGGUAAUGUUGGUUUUUAUAUGGCGGAUCAACAAUUGCUUCAGCAAGAUGAAAGUAUGGAUGUCGAUCCGAAUUAUGACCCUUCAGACUUCUUACUAGCUGGUUUGCCUGCAAGGGAAGAAAAAGGUGAAAAUAAAAUACAGGAUGAUUUGGCUGUUUCUGAAAGUGAUGAUGAUGCAGAAAAUAAUGCUCAACAAAAACAGAAAACACCACAACAAAUAUCACAACCAGAGGACGAUGUCGGCGGUGACUUGUGGUUCUAAGGAAAUUUUAUUAUUUCUUUCAAGUAACAAGUGUUAUUAUAUAAUUUAUUUCUUAAAUCAGAAGACUUGAAAAUCA